AUGCCUAUGCAAAUGAAUCGGACUGCCUUAGAUACAUUGCAUAGUGUGGCCGAGGUCAGUGAGAGGACAUUUGGAGGCUUCACUGGGAAGAAACCUAUGCGUUCCCUCGGUCAUCAAGGCCCGAUUGAGGAAGAUGAGACUGAAGGCAAGGGACCGAAGAAGGGUGCUGCGGCUGCCCGCUUCCCACGUGCUGCUGUCAAAAUCCUGAAGGACUGGAUGAUCGCACAUAUCGACCACCCUUACCCAACCGAAGAAGAGAAGGAAGCAUUAGGCCAGCAGACUGGUCUGUCUAUGAGCCAGAUCUCUAACUGGAUGGCGAACACAAGGCGAAGGCACAAGGCACGACCGAAGCGAACUUCAUCGCCUAGUUUGCGACCAGUAACUGAACCUGUCAAUGUUCCACCGGGUCGAACCUGGGAGUCUCUGAAUCCCUUCGAACGAUGGAAGCACUCCCCCCCUGAGAACGAACCGGCGCCGCUGCAAGCUAUCGCUCACAACGUGGAGAAUUUCGACUUCCCUGAUGACGCCGAUCGAAGCGCUGCGAGUAGCUACAGGAAGGAGAACUCGAACGACAGUACCGGCAGUUUCUCAGUCUUUCGCGCGCCCUCCAUCACAUCUUUGGAGACCGGCCUCACGAUCCUCUCGUCAGGGUCCAUUGGCACUUUCUGCACUGAUCGCUUCAAGAAUAAGUACGACUGGACCCGUCACGAAAAGUCUCUUCACCUGUCUCUCGAGAAGUGGAUAUGUGCUCCACUUGGUGACGUUAUCACCUGCUCUUCGUCUGGCCAGCGCAAAUGUGUCUACUGUGAUGAGGUAAACCCCAGCAAUGCGCACUUGGAAUCACACAACCACCUUGCCUGCGAAGAGAAGGGAAUGGAGGCAAGAACUUUCUAUCGCAAAGACCACCUCAGGCAACAUCUUCGCUUAAUGCACGGCUGGGGUCUUGACCCGCAUGUCGCCCAACACGUCACGAAUGCCAUGCCACCGUACCUAAUCGCGAACGAGAGCAAGUCUCCGUUCCCAUUCUCCGCCACCAACUCAUCAUCGAUGAAACAUCCAGGCAUGAGCCUGGACCAACCCGAUCUUGAGGUCCUGCUACCCAACAGCAACGACAUCUCACCAAAGACGUGCAAUUUCGCCGUAGACGAGUCUACUAGUACAGGAACCACGCAGCGCCCUUCACCACACACAACUUCACCACACCGUUCUCCUCAUCCAUAUGCAACUUGCUGGGAGAUACUCACGCUGCGCCUUGGCCGCUUUGCGCGCCAGCACAUUGAGCAACAUGGGUCAGGCUCAGUUACAGAUGCAAUGCUUCAAAGCGAAGCUCGACGCAUUCUAUACGACUCGGAUGACGCAUGGGAACAAACGGCAGCCGACAAUCCGGAAUGGCUCAAUCUCUUUAGGAAAGCACACGGCAUGGAUCUCACCCAACCACAAGCGAUCGCGGGCCAGUACUCCAACCACGAGGUGUUGGAAGAUCUAGGCUUGGGACCCAAUGCACAGCUCGAUGAGAGCUUCAACCUCAAGAACUUUCAUUGCAUCUCCAAGAACUUUCACGACCCCCGCACCAUGGCCAUGUCGAAAGCAGGCGAAGUUUCUGUACCGAUCACGCACAUGCUCGGUGCCACCACGUCCGCACCUACAUCGGCGACUUCCAACCUCCCUAUCUCUUCCUUCACUGAUUUUGGAGGCUUGGACCUGAACGCAACAAUAAAUGAUCUAGAAGGUACGGGUGCGGGUGGUUUCUGCAUCGGCGAUGACGGCGAGUUCUGCACUACCUCGGCGCCUCUCUCGAAAAGUCAUCCAGCCUUCAUGACCCCUAUCAACGAGCUGGCGUGCAACGCUUCCAACAAUGCCAUUGACCCGGAUUACGGUUUUCCUGUGUUCAGCACGGCCGACCCUGACUUCGACAUGACGGCGACAUCCACAGGAUUCGGAUCAACCCUGGCUGCCACAUCGGGCUUUAGCGACUCGGAUCUGAGCGCAGGUGCGACGAUAGAUCAAUCGCAGAUGUUGCCGUGGGAUGAUACCGAUUUGACGUUCAGCAUGGAUAUGGACCUAGAUAUGGAUCUUGGCAUGCCUACCAGCUCAGGGGCGUGA